CACCAGUUAAACUGGAACACCGGUCCGUUUGCUGGAAAUGAGGGAGGAGCGGUGAAAGUGAAAGUGUUGAGCCUCCGUUCAGAGCAGCAGGAGGAGGAAGGUGGAGCUGAGGCAGACUAACUCCACCCUGACAUCCCAAAGAUGGAGGAAGAGGACGGAGCAGCAGCUGCAGCAUCCAGCUGUGUGUCUGUGAGGAGGGACUGGUUUACACAAACACCUCUGCAUUACAGUCAUGGACCUGCAGCAUUAAAGGGUCAGAGGUCACAGUCUCCAGUGUCCAGCUGUGUGUCUGUGAGGAGUGACUGGUCGAGAGAAACACCUCCAGCCUUCAGUGAUGAACCUGCACCAACAAUGUUCUUCAGUCAUGGAGCUCAGCUGACCAUAGGGAGGAAGAGGAAGAGGAGUGGUGUUUGUGAGGAGGAGCAGCUGUCCUGCUGUGCUUUGUGUCAGGACGUCCUGAAAGAUCCAGUCUCUACCAGCUGUGGACACUGGUUCUGCAGACAGUGCAUCUGCUCAUACUGGGACCAGUCUGCUUCAUCAGGAGACUCCUCCUGUCCCCAGUGUGGAGAAAGACCCAGAACCAGAGCUGGACUGCAGACAGCCAGUCAGAGCAGCUGUGUACAAACAGAUGUUGAUCUGCAGGAGGUUUUAGAUGAACAUAAGAUCAGUCUGAGGAGGAGAUGUGAACGUGUGACUGAAGGAAGUGAUGAAACAGGAAGUAGAACCCUCCUCAACACCAUCUACACUGAGCUCUACAUCACAGAGGGACAGAGUGAAGAGGUUCAUACCCAACAUGAGGUGAGACAGCUGGAGACAGCUUCCAAGAUGGACGCCCUCCAUGACGCUCCAAUCAGGUGCCAGGACAUCUUUAAAGCCUUACCUGACCAACAGAGACCCAUCAGAGUGGUUCUGACCAACGGCGUGGCUGGUGUUGGAAAAACCUUCUCAGUGCAGAAGUUCACUCUGGACUGGGCAGAGGGCUUGGAGAACCAACAUGUCAGUGUGGUGGUUCUGCUUUCAUUCAGGGAGCUGAACCUGAUCAGAGAUCAGCAGUACAGUCUUCUGGAGCUGCUCCAUGUUUUCCAUCCAACAUUACAGAAGGUCACAGCAGAGAAGCUGGCUGUCUCUCAGCUUUUGUUCAUCUUUGACGGCCUGGAUGAAAGCAGACUUUCAUUGGAUUUCACCAACAGGAAGCUGCUGUCUGAUGUCACACAGAAGUCAUCAGUCAGCCAGCUGCUGACAAACCUCAUCCAGGGGAAUCUGCUUCCCUCGGCUCUCGUCUGGAUAACUUCCCGACCUGCAGCAGCCAAUCAGAUCCCUCCUACAUGUGUCGACAGGCUAACAGAAGUACGAGGCUUCACUGACGCCCAGAAGGAGGAGUACUUCAGGAGGAGAUUCGGUGAUGAAGAGCUGUCCAGCAGAAUCAUCUCCCACAUGAAGACAUCCAGGAGCCUCCACAUCAUGUGUAGUAUCCCAGUCUUCUGCUGGAUCACUGCUACAGUUCUGGAGCACAUGUUGACUACAGAGCAGAGAGGAGAGCUGCCCAAGACCCUGACUGACAUGUACUCACACUUCCUGCUGGUUCAGACAAAGAGGAAGAAGAACAAGUACCAUGAGGGACAUGAGACGAGUCCACAGGAGAUGACGGAGGCUGACAGGGAAGUUCUUCUGAAGCUGGGGAGGCUGGCGUUUGAACAUCUGGAGAAAGGAAACAUCAUGUUCUACCAAGAAGACCUGGAGCAGUGUGGUCUGGAUGUGACAGAGGCCUCGGUGUACUCAGGAGUUUGUACAGAGAUCUUCAAAAGAGAGUGUGUGAUCUUCCAGAAACCAGUCUACUGCUUUGUUCAUCUGAGCAUUCAGGAGUUUCUGGCUGCAGUCUACAUGUUCCACUGUUUCACCAACAGGAAGACAGAGGUGCUGGAGGACUUCCUCGGGAACAAAUAUAAAGAGUCAUCGUUGGAUGAUUUUCUGAAGCAAGUCAUGAGAAAAUCCCUCCAGAGUAAAAAUGGCCACCUGGACCUGUUUGUUCGUUUCCUUCAUGGCCUCUGUCUGGAGUCCAACCAGAGACUCUUAGGAGGUCUGCUGGGUCAGACAGAGAUCAGUCCAGAAACCAUCCAGAGAGUCAUCAACAACCUGAAGAUGAUGAACAGUGAUAAAAUCUCUCCUGACAGAAGCAUCAACAUCUUCCACUGUCUGAUGGAGAUGAAAGACCUCUCAGUACAUCAGGAGAUCCAAGAGUUCCUGAAGUCAGAGAACAGAUCAGAGAGGAGACUCUCUGAGAUCCAGUGCUCAGCUCUGGCCUUCAUGCUGCAGAUGUCAGAGGAGGUUCUGGAUGAGUUGGACCUGCAGGAGUACAACACAUCAGUGCAGGGACGACAGAGACUGAUUCCAGCUGUGAGGAACUGCAGAAAGGCUCGCCACCUCACGCUGCUUCUGCCGCAUUGGUGACCAACUUGAUGGCUCUUCGCUGGUUAGCCCCUACGAUGCCUAGCAUUUUGUAUGCCUGCAAAGGGAUUGCCCCGCGAAUCCUCGACAUCCCACAUCGAUGGGUUGGCAUCUUGCCCACCAGCCAUUACUCCGGCACUCCUCCACUAACUCGGAUUACUUUGCCCUCUUCCUCUCAUGAGCUUCCUCCAUACUGUCUUCCCAAGGCACAGUAAGCUCCAGAAAGAUUACCUGUUUGGAGACAACUGAAGUAAACAACGAUGUCUGGUCUCACAGUUGUCUUGGCUACCGCUUCGGGGAACUUUAACUGCUUUGCCAGGUCAACUCUCAGCUCCCAAUCGUGCGCCGUUGCCAACAGGCCAGGCGAGGUGUUUCGGACUGGUGCUGCUGGCUUCUCCCCAGCUUUUAUAAACUUUACCUUGUUCUUAACUGGGCAGGCGCUCUUAUUAUGAAUGCUUUUGGCUCUCGGAGGAGGCGGACACUUUUUCUCCUCUCCUCUCGCUUAUCUUCCCUUUCUUAUGUCCUUGUCUAGUCUCGUGUUUUUUGUAUUACUUUCCCUGGAACACUCUCUCACAGUCUGUUUUCUAAAACCUAAAGAGAGUCCUGUCGAUCAAGGACGCUGAAGAUAUCUACCUAUUCGGAACCAUGAUAACAGGGUUUUUGCUGAUCGGAGCUGGCUUGGCCCCUGGCUUAUCGGAGAAUUAAGAAAGCGGAACCGGCUGUUCAGACCUCCCCAAGGCUGCCCGCUGGGAUUGAAACGAUGGGACGAGGCGCGACUUCUCAGAACGGGCUCAUUGAGAGCAGCAUGGCUAAGACCUUGGAGACGCUUACAGCUGCCGUGAAUACUCAGAAUAACACCUCUGAGCGCAUAUUGGGUUACAUCAAGGAGAGGCCUGCUCAGAAUAACACCUUUGAGCGAAAGUUGGAUUACAUCGUAGAACAGCUCACUGCAGUCGUGAGUUCUUAGAAUCGGCUCUCUGAGCAAAAGAAUGACAAGACCACGGAACGCAAGUUUGAUACCAUCAUGGGGAAGCUCCCGGUUCUCCAAUGGGAGAUUGAGAGACCAGUGUGGGAGUGUUAAAGAACAGCUUUGAAAUUCUCAUGAGUUGUUGCAAAAGAAAAAUUACCAUCAUAAUCCGGCUACCCCUUCGGCGCCAGCUGUGGGCUCAAGGCUGGAGCCGAACAAAAACUCCCUGAUAACGACUGUGUUGAGUCUGUUCCUUCCCAUUCCAUGCAAGGCCACCAGGGUUGGCUGGAAGACUGUUUACUUAGCCUGGCAGGACGAAGGACACUGUCUCAGCUGAACUAUGGGCACACACACACAUACUGAUACUGAUAAGCACUCACUCAUCCAUCACCCUCCCUACCCCGGAUCCAACGCCACCUCCAACGCUAACCUCCCCUCUGAUGUGGACAUCGGGUCAGCUGGAGGCGCAGUCGAAGAUUGCAGCGGUCCCAGAUCAGAUGUACACACUGGAACUCUUUCCCAUGUUGCUUGUCUGUGUUUAUUGUGCUAUGGUGUGUUGAUAUCUGUGCAUUCCUGUAUUAUCCUUUUGUGUUACACAUUUCGAUGUUUUUUUCCUCGCUACCUAGCCUGACCUGUCUCCCCAAUGUGAUGUUUGUGUAUUGUAUGUACGGUCGGCAAGGUCUAUCAUCUCGGUUGUGGGCAAAAGACCUGCAACUGACAAAUAAAGGCUAUCUUAUCUCAUCUCAUCAUCCCUCUGCAGAUGGAAUCCGCUACGGCCUUCAGGACUUGAUUGUGUCACCAGUGAUAUCGCCCUUUGGCCAGGGCUUUUGGGCAGCAACUUAAAAUGUG